CCAGUCCGCAUCCGUUGAAUUUCUCAAGUUGGAAGUUAGAACAUCAUCGUCAAUAUCACAGGGUCCCCAGGCGAAGGUCCAUAUGCACUUUACUAGCGUUGACCCGGUAAAUGGGAUUGGCAUCUCAUGAGAUCCUCGUCUAUAUGUAUUUCCGGCAUCUUAUGAACACGGCGCCAAGACAUUCAACCUGGGCAGUCCGGCACUCCGGGUAGAGAGUCCCGAGACCUUUGGUGUCGCUCUCAACUACGCGCAAUGAGAAGAUUAAGAUGCUAUACAGGUAGAGUUUCAACAUGAUGCAUUUACUUACAGUUACAAUUGUAAUGUUAGUAUGUCGAACAUUCGCAAUGAUUGGUCAGGAUCGCCGGGUAGACAGGCAACAGAUAGGUAUCAGCUAUGCCGGACAUAAUGCGGGUUGGUCACAAAAAGGACAGGCACAGCCCAACCAAACAAUCACUUAUAUUGUAGCCUACCGGGUCGAACGAUCAAAUGAAUUCUCACCAUAAUUUCUUGGCUCCAGACGAUAGUUCUCUAUCUAGAGUUCGAUAAUAUCUUAAGUAACCUAUUUUAAAUAUGCAGAUUCCGAUGCUAAAAGAUCCAGCGAAGGCCCUAUCACUGUUCGCAGGGCUCCAAAGGCCUCUGACCAGUGUACUUUCGGACGGGCUUUCAGGGGCACCGUCGCCAUCGAAGAUUAUUCCCGGUGGUUCCCCUUUCAGUUUUUGCGAGGUCUCGCGGUCGACAGACCUCUUCCAGAUUUCAUCCGUUGAACUAUCCGAGCAGCCUAUCCACAUCGACGACGUCUUCUUCGUCCAUAUUCACGGGAAGUUUCAAGAAUCGUUCUCGGUAAAUGCGACCUUCGAGCUCAGCGAAGGGUGCGGUCCUCACUGCGAAGAACACGGUAUCCCGCCCGGUGAAAAACACGGGACAUUGAUAUCGGCAUCUUUUUGCAACAUGAGCCUAGUUAAACAAUCUUCAGAUGGGAGGGGAAAGAACUAUGAGACCUGCCCGCCUGAAAAGGGGGAUGCCCUGGUCACUUCAAUGGGAUACGUACACCCUAUGCUCUUCAGAACUCCUGGCUGGCACAAUUUUACCUUCGACGCAAAGACUGCUAACGGACAGAGAAUUUACUGCCUAACGACCGAGAUCUGUUUAAAAUGGGAAGAUGAAGACAAGAAUAAAGAGUCAUCUCUAACUCCUUGGACCGAUUGUACAUGGCCGCGUCCUCGAGUGGAACAUCCCUUCAAUUCGGAUCUUUAAAACGCAUGGUUUAAAGUCAUACCAUGGGUAAUUGAUUAAACCGAGCCUGGGCAAAAGGGGCUCAAGCUACUGCAAGUAAAGAAACUAAAAAUAACAUCGCGAUGAUCAGAUCGGAUUUCCCAUCUGGCGCUAUUCGACUUCAUCUUAAAUUACCAGGAGCACGAUACCCGUUUACUCUACCCUGUCAGCCGUUCGCAACUUCGCAUGCGUGCGACCACCCUAACCCAUGACAUGUUUAUGAAACAUUCAAGGAUGACACGGAUAUCUGCUGCCUGUAGGUCUCAGUCGAAUCUGCAGUCGGCCGAAUACUUGGUAUGACCUUGGCUGGAGAGGCUUAACGGCAGGUACUGAGGUCCGUAUUAUGAUAAUAUGAUAGAUGAUACGUCUAAAGUUUUCGAGUCUUGAUUUGUUAAAAAGUUUAGCCUCGUAGGUACUCGAUUAAGCAUAGAUUGUCUAGGUUGAAUUGAUCUGCGCUUAGUUUCUUUGUCUUGCUUAGAUCGAUCGACUCAAUUGCAACCAUGUGGCUCAAGACUCGAG